AACAUAGAUUAAUAAUAUGAGUAUUGGAAAGAGCAAAAUUCUGAUAUUUGGUGCUACUGGCUACCUCGGCAAAUACCUGAUCAAGGCGAGCAUUUCCAUGGGCCAUCCGAAUUAUGCUUAUGUUCAUCGUGUUAAAUCCGACACCGAUCCUUCAAAGAUUCAACUUCUCCAAGAUUUUGAGUCCGUUGGAGUCAUCGUUUACCAAGGAGAGCUGGACGAGUACGAAAAGCUGGUUUCGGUGUUGAAAGUGGUUGAUGUUGUGAUAUCGGCGCUGGCAGUACCCCAACAUCUUGAUCAACUAAAGAUAAUCGCCGCCACGAAAGAGGCUGGCAAUAUAAAGAGGUUUGUUCCGUCGGAAUUUGGGAAUGAUGUAGAUAGGGUAAGCGGGGCGCUGCCCCCUUUCCAGAAGCUUCUAGAUAACAAGAAGAAGAUAAGGAGAGCAACCGAAGAAGCUGCUAUCCCUUUUACGUAUGUUUCUGCAAACUCGUUUGCAGCAUAUUUUGUUGAUUAUUUGCUCCAUCCGCAUGACUCAACUUCGGAUGAUGUCACUCUUUACGGAGAUGGAGAAGCCAAAGCGGUGUUGAACUAGGAAGAAGAUGUUGCAAUCUACACCGUAAAAGCGGCAACAGAUCCUAAAGUGGCGAAUAGAGUGAUUAUCUACAGACCCCCCAAAAACGUCGUUCCUCAAUUAGAUUUGGUUGCUGCUUGGGAGAAGAAAACCGGGCGCACCAUCCAUAAGAAUCAUAUUCCAGAGCAAGAAAUCAUCACUCUCUCUCAAAAGUUACCGUUUCCAGAUAACGUACCUGUGGCAGUUCUUCACAAUAUGUUCAUUGCUGGUGCACAGCUCAGUUUUGAAUUAACGGGCGAUGACUUGGAAGCAUCGGAGCUGUACCCAGAGCACAAGUAUACCUCAGUUGACGACCUUCUCAACCGUUGCCUUGUCGAUCCGCCAAAGCCCAAAUUGGCUGCCUUUUCUUAGUCAACUUUUUUCUCUUUUUUCUUGUCCUAAAGUGAAUAAUAUUAUUUGACCGUUGUAG